AUGCUUUUUUCAUAUUUCAGAAACAAAAACGAAGGACCGUCCGAAAAGAAAAGUAUUACAAUCAGCAGUAGUGAUGUUGGUAAAACCAAAAAAGCUAAAGCGAGUCCAGAUAAAGCGACAACACAAAAGCUAUUCAUGAAACGAGAUAAAAACGCUUCCGAAUGUCUGGCGGAAACAAAAAUCGAGAGGAAAUCAAUAUGUCGAGAAAAAACACACAAGAGUAUUGUCCUGCCACAACCACGAUUUUAUACAUGUGAGCGGAUUGAGAAAACUGUGAAACUUCCAGUGGAGCCUAGUUCUGCAAUGAGCAAGAAAUCGACGCACUGGUGCUACAUUGCUGCACCAAAACACAUCACUCUGCAACCAGGUCCGUCUGGUGAAAGGUCAAGUGGAGUCGGCGAUUCAUCUGGUAACGGAUUCUCUACUGAAGCCAUGAUUGAAGAGAUAUUCGCUCCGUUGAGAGAGACCAUAAAAGAAGGGAUUAAAGAGACACGACAUUUAUCCUCUUCUCCGGAAAAAAUAAAACUGAACCACACUCCUUCCACGCGACUGGAACAAUGGAAAGCUCAACUACACUCAACAACUCCUCGAACACGUGAUAAUAGUGCACCUGCAACAGUUCAACGCUUAACCAUCAAACCUCAAACCACUCAACUUAACAUUCCUCGCCCCGUCCACACUACUCAAUCCGCUAGUAACGCAUUAGCAACCAUGGAUCAUAGGACUCUUAAAGAAGUCAGUGCUAGAAGACGUUCAGGAACAUGGCAGCCAUUCUCUUCAAACACAUAUAAUGCGGAUAGACCACCGAUAGAUUUUGUAACUUCCCCAAAAUAUUCUCAUCAUGAAGCUACCAUAUUCCGACCAAUUGCUCACAGGCCAAAACCGGACUUCAUCAACCAUAACGAUAGUAAUAGACGUUCUUUUAGAAGAGUAGACUCAAUUUUGCGAAGUGAUUCGAAAGAAAGCAACGGUUCGUUAUCAGAUCUUCUCAUGAUGUAUCAGGCCAAAGACCCAAGUCGAGAGAUGAACGCUUCUAUUCGAUCAACCGCUAGCAAUUCGUCUUCGUUCCCAUUCUUCCCACCGGAACAGAUAAAUCAACAGAAAACUGUCCUUACAACUCUGUCAUCAUCUUCUUCUGGUAUUCAUGUGACGCCAUCUCCAAGCGAUUCGGGUAUAAUUGAUUAUGAGAAUCUCAUUCGAGAUAAGGAAUUGGAACUUCAAGAAAUUCGAAACACAAUGGAACAGAAUGAAGAAAUCAUUAUUAAGGUUUAUCAAGAUAAGGAAAGAGCUUGGAAAUCAGAACUUGAGGGCUUGAAAUGUAGAGUGUCCGCAGCUGAAAAGGGCGAGAAAGCUCUUCGAGAGCAACUUUCAAACUGUCAAAGGCAGAAUUCCGCCAUGUCCACUUGCAUGCGAACGGUGCAAGAGGAGAAGACAAGAUUGAUGGCUAAGUGUAUCCAACUCGAAAGAGAAAUCGACAACUUCCAAACCGUCUCCUCUCAAUCUGCAAACUGUCCGAACUGUUCAGUGUCUUCUAAUCUUGUAAAGGAAAAAGACCUGCGUCAAGAAGUACAAGACUUGCGGAGAGAAGUGGCAAAUUUGAAACAAGUUGUGGAUGACGGAAGACAUUUCAAGUCAUAA